GUAAAAGCCAAAGUUGCCGGUGUUACCGUUCCUUACCCAUUACCCCCAGAGCUAAGUGAUGCUUGCCAACAUCUUAAAGAAGGAUCUUGCCCUUUGAAAAAAGACAAUAAAGUCACAUACAACCUAAAAGUUCCAGUACUUCAGUCCUACCCAGCAAUUAACUUGGAUUUGAUGGUAUCUCUUGUGGAUGACAGUGCCAAACCAGUUCUCUGCUUCAAAAUUCCCUGCAAAGUAGUUUAAGAUGUUAACCAAUUUUAUAAUUCAUGUGAAUUAAUAUAAGUGUCGAAUACUAGUCAAAUACAAAUAUUUUUUAAGAA